CUUAAUGCUAAUAACUAAUAAAUACAAAAUAAAUUAUUGUUAUUUGAUGUCUUCAGUAAGGCCUUCCCGCCUUUUAAUCUUUAUGCAUGUUAAAAUCAGUGCUUAUGCAGAAUUUACUGAAAUAAUAAAAUGACUUUGUUUUUGACAUUAGUAAAUUAAGGUAAUGUAGACUUAGAUGUUGCAAAGCUUAGAAAUAAGUAGGCACUUGCUAAAGCUAAUAAAAUGUAAUUUUUGUAUUUCUAUAAAUAAGGUGUAACCACUACUUGAAGCAAGUUUUAAAAUUCGUCUUGUAUUCCAGCCAUGUUUAGAAAUAUAUUCAGAUAAUUUUUUUAGAGAUUUAUCCCUGCACAUGUGGUUGUGUUAAGUAGAAUUUUCACCACUGAAACCCUACAUGGUGCUUUUUUGAAAAUUUACUCCACAUGCUAUUUUCAAUUUGGCGUGAAUUUGUACUUUAAAUUACUUUUGAAGAAUUCAUAAUGGAAACGUGUAGCCAAAUACCACAUAAUUAUGAGUAGUUCUGAAAUUGCUAUACGUAGUCAACUUUUUAGAAAUUUUCUUUUUGGGAAGGUUGAGAGAAAGGACCAGAAAAAAUGUGUGAAAGUCGCAGUCCUUAUCAAAAUUAAUUGAUUAGAAUUCAGUAAUUAAAUAUGGCAAAUUGAUAGACUUAAUUCAGAGUAAAUUUUCAUUUUUCUAGUCAUAGGGAUUUCUUUUUCUUAGUGUCUAGGAUUAUUUUAAUGUUACUGUUGUUAUUAUUAGGCACUUAGGAUGCUUAUAAGCAAGACAUUUAGGCAUUAAUCACCCCUCUUCAGAUAAGUAUACAUAAAUCGGUUCUAAAAGUCAGUAAUUUAAGAAGUUUCCUGAGACUAGGGAACUUUUUUUUGUUAGUCAUUUUCAAAAAUGUUAGCAGUUUCCCAAGGCAUAUUUUUUGGAACUGGAUUCUUUCAGUCAUCUCUGUCAUUGUUGGUGAGAUACCUUAUUAACUGAAUGGGUGUAGGCUUCCUUUCCAAUUGAAGCUGAUUACAUGUGGUAGGCUUUUUUUCUGUCUGCUUGAAAUUAAAUGGGAUCUUUUGGAAGGUUAUCAAAAUUGUUUGCAUCACAAGUAGGUAGUUUCAAUUAACAGGAUAGGGACACUCAGGAACAGAUUUCAAUUCGCACAUAUUUGUUUUUUUCUUUUUCUUUUUUUUGACUAAUUUGGUUAUUUGCCAUUUCUGGGGAUUAAACUUUAAAAAAUGUUCUUCUUUUCUGUAUCUGAUGUUCUGUGUGCUAUUAGUGAUGCAGCCAACACGAACGGUUGUCAUGUGUAACACAACUUUCGAUCACCGCGAAAACACCGUCCUGGGAAAGCGUCCAUGCUUGAUAUCGUUUGGUUCAUGAACAUUAAGUUUCCAGUACAGGUAAAAUCCCAGAGGAAGCCAAAGCUCUCUCUCUAUUGGCUCCUGCUCCAACCAUGACAAGUCUGAUGCCUGGUGCAGGCUUGCUUCCCAUACCGACUCCAAAUCCCUUAACUACACUGGGUGUUUCCCUUAGCAGUUUGGGAGCUAUACCAGCAGCAGCACUAGACCCCAAUAUUGCAACACUUGGAGAGAUACCACAGCCACCACUUAUGGGAAAUGUGGAUCCUUCCAAAAUUGAUGAAAUUAGGAGAACAGUCUAUGUUGGCAAUUUGAAUUCCCAGACAACAACAGCUGAUCAGCUACUUGAAUUUUUUAAACAAGUUGGAGAAGUGAAGUUUGUGCGGAUGGCAGGUGAUGAGACUCAGCCAACUCGGUUUGCUUUUGUGGAAUUUGCAGACCAAAAUUCUGUACCAAGGGCCCUUGCUUUUAAUGGAGUUAUGUUUGGAGACAGGCCACUGAAAAUAAAUCACUCCAACAAUGCAAUAGUAAAACCCCCUGAGAUGACACCUCAGGCUGCAGCUAAGGAGUUAGAAGAAGUAAUGAAGCGAGUGCGAGAGGCUCAGUCCUUUAUCUCAGCAGCUAUCGAACCAGAGUCUGGAAAGAACAAUGAAAGAAAAGGCGGUCGAUCUCGUUCCCACACUCGUUCAAAAUCCAGGUCUAGCUCAAAAUCCCGUUCUAGAAGGAAAAGAUCACAGUCAAAACACAGGAGUAGAUCCCAUAAUAGAUCACGUUCAAGACAAAAAGAUAGACGUAGAUCUAAGAGCCCUCAUAAAAAACGCUCUAAAUCAAGGGAGAGGCGGAAGUCAAGGAGUCGUUCGCGUUCACGGGACAAAAGAAAAGACAACCGAGAAAAAAUCAAGGAAAAGGAAAGAGUGAAAGAAAAAGAUAGAGAAAAGGAAAGGGAAAAAGAGAGAGAUAGGGAAAAGGAACGUGAAAAAGAAAAGGAACGGGGUAAAAACAAAGAUAAAGACCGGGAUAAAGAACGGGAAAAGGACCGAGAUAAAGACAAGGAGAAGGACAGAGAGAGAGAGCGGGAAAAAGAGCAUGAAAAGGAACGAGACAAAGAGAAGGAGAAGGAACAGGACAAAGAAAAGGAACGAGAAAAGGACAGAUCCAAAGAGAUAGAUGAGAAAAGAAAGAAGGAUAAAAAGUCCAGAACACCACCCAGAAGUUACAAUGCAUCAAGAAGAUCUCGUAGUUCCAGCAGGGAAAGGCGUAGGAGGAGGAGCAGGAGUUCUUCCAGAUCGCCAAGAACAUCAAAAACCAUAAAAAGGAAAUCUUCUAGGUCUCCAUCCCCUAGGAGCAGAAAUAAGAAGGAUAAAAAGAGAGAAAAAGAAAGGGACCACAUCAGUGAAAGAAGAGAGAGAGAACGUUCAGCCUCUACAAGAAAGAGUUCUAAUGACAGAGAUGGGAAGGAAAAGGUGGAGAAGAACAGUACUUCACUUAAAGAGAAGGAGCACAAUAAAGAACCAGAUUCAAGUGUGGGAAAAGAAGUAGAUGACAAGGAUGCACCAAGGACUGAGGAAAACAAAGUACAGCAAAAUGGGAGUUGUCAACCAAAUGAAGAAAACCUCUCUACCAAAACAGAAGCAGUAUAGGACCUACAAAUGCACCUCUAAACCCACGCUGGAAUAGAAUCCAAAGCUUUUAAUUCUCUCAACAAGAUGUUAAACAGUGAAGAAAUCCAGUAGAGCAUAAAGAUAUGAGCUAACAGCUUUUUUAGUUGUUAGGUGACUUUGUGGCCAUCUUGUUACUGAGUAAGAAAAUAAAGCAUGGACAUCGUGAAAAUAACAGGUGUUACCCAAACUCCUCAUCUUCUAAAAGCUGUGCAUAUCCAUGGUGGCUGACACACUUGUCAUGUGGUUUGUUAAGUGUUUGCCAAGAACCAUUAAAAUAAAUGGGACAUUAAAGAUCGAAAUUUGUACUAUCCAUUAAAGACUGGAGAUAAACAUUGGAGGCUCUUUUAAAAAAAUGCUAGUAACUGAUUUUGUAUUGUUUUACUUUUUUUUAAAAUUUCAAUAUAUUACAGAUUGAUGAUGUGCUUGAAAUUGGUGCAAAUAUAUACACACCCUUGUAAGUGCGGAGUAUGUAAGAAGUUUUAACAUUGACUUCACAGGAUUUACAGUGAUUGUGUUAAAUUCUCACUAUUGUGUUUUCUUUUGCUCACUGUUUAGGACAGCAGUUUUUCUUUAAAAUAGUUUUACAUAUUAAAGUUGCUUUAAAUAAGUGGAUUAAAAACCAACUGACAAUGCAUGCUACUGUUCUUUUUCAAAAGGAAGAACAACUGUGUUGAAUACUAAUAAUAUAUUAGUAUUCAGUGUUCAGAAUCAUUGGGUCUCCCCACAAAGUAAGCAUUUCUUUUUGAACUCUCUUGACAUUUCCAAGCUUAUGAACAGUAUCGCAGUGUGUGUUGUCAGUUGUAGUUGGCAAAGGUGCCAUUUAUAAAAAGAAACCUGGGUUUUCAAAAUGGGCUAUGGGAGCACAAGCUGAAGCUUUAGUGCCUUCUACAACGUGGUAUACUGUUUUCUAGAAUUUUAUAUGGACUAGUCAUUCUCAAUUCAUAUGGAAUUUAGAUGGAUAUUCCAUUCCCUCCCAUAGAGAAGUGUGAAAGUGGUAUGUCAGAAGAGCUUCUUACUUCGUUCACCUAAUAUGAGAGGGAAGUCUGUUUUCAAGAAUGACUUUAGAGCUUAAAACAGCAAUGCAGUUUUGGGACCAUCAGUUUCAUACUGUGAUAAUUGAAAAUGAAGCAGCAUGUUCUUAUUUUACUUAAAGCAAAACCCUUUAGUUGUCUAUAUUAGAUGGCCUUAAUUAUUACCUCUCAAUCACCUUCUCAUAAAUGAUGUGCAGAAAUUGUACUUAAAGGAGAACAUAUGAGUUUGUCUUAUGUGUAAGGAUAUGUUUACUUAAGCUUAAAAUAUAGGUCAUCCGACAUUGUUAGGCACACUUUUUGCAGAAAGUAUGCAAGUAGUAAAAUGACAACAUUGCUAAUAUUUUCCCCCAGACCACAACUCAUAGUUUCAGAACUCUUUUCAUUGUUGUAUUUCCAAAAGUUAUACCUUUUACUUAGCAUGUUAUUAAAAAAAUCAAGUAUAAUUAGUUUAAUGCAGUCUAAUACAAUCAAAUUACUCAGUUGCCUUACCUCAUGGGAAGAGUUUCUUAUAGAUUUAAAAAGCUGAGUAGCACAUCAGUUACUUGGUUUCAACUUGAGUUUUCUUUUAAUGUUAAUACUAUUGAAAUUUAAGUAUUUGGUGGAGAAUGGAAAGAAUUGCCCUUAUUGCAAGUAAUGAAGCCUGGUUUGAUUAUGAAGCUGCUUAAUUACUCCUCAUGUGUUCAGAAUUACUGUGUUUUUUUGUUUUUGUUUUUUCCUUUUUUUCCACUGUGUACAUUAAAAUUUUUGAAAAUGCUUUACUAUGUAAAGUAUAGAUGGUCAUUUUAAUCAUUCAACCACAUACGGUUGGCUGGUAAACAGCUUAUUUUGAUAUAAGAAUGCUUGGGUGUAUAUGGAAAGAUUGUGAAGGAGUGUGUGUGUCUUGCAUCAAAGCUUCUUAUUUAUGAUAUGUAAGUAGAAUAGAGCAAAUGUUGUUUGAACCUUUGUUAUUUGUAGUACUGUUUCUCUAAUAAAGCUAAGUAUUUUAGAGGAAAGUAUUUGUUCAUGCAUUUCAAAACAGCAUCUUAGGUUUAUCCUGUUCUUGUUUUAGCUGGCAUAGAAAUUGUUUUGAUAUGGAGAGUGCAUGUUUGUGUGGUGUCUAAAGCCAUCAUUUAAAGUUUGAGUAUUUUCUUGUACUCUGGACUCUAUUAAAUGAUUUUAUGUUAGUAAUUAACAUAGUUAUUUGGUUCCUGCUGCCAGUUAUUUUUCUUGAUGAGGUUUAUUCAUCUUUAAAAUAACCAUACUAAUCUUGACAGAUACUGAUUUAUAAAAAUUGGACAUGAAUAGGAAUACAAGAAGUCUGGAGAAAGUGAAAUCAUUUUCUUAAACAGGCUUAUGGAAGCAAAGCUUUCUAGGGUCUAGAGGUACUGGAGUGAAGGAGGGAGUGUGUGAGUUUGUGUGUGUGUUGUGUGUAAGAGAGAGAGAGAGAUCUUUUUCUCUUUGUUCACUUUUAAGAGCUGAUAUGUUUUCAUUUAUUUUUUUCUUGUAAGGUAUUUUAAAAUUUCUUUAAAACUGUCUUUUUCAUCCCAGGUAGAUAUUGUCAGGAAAACUUGAGGUAAGGCCAAGAAGACAGCCAUUUUACACUUAAUACCUUCUGUAAAUUAUCUUUUUCUUCUUGAUUAUAUAGUGAGUACAUUCUGUUCCUUAAAUUGUAGUUGCUAUUCAUCAUUCUAGACAAAUUCUCUUGGUCCUCUUGUUCUUGCUUUUCAGCAGUGUGCACUUAAUUGGUAAUAAAAGAUGGUCCUUCAUAAGCUAGCCAGUUUCAUGUGAGGAAACAAGUAUAAAACCCUUA